CUGCACCCUGCUGUUUUGGGCAGACGAGCACAUGAUACGCAGUACGCUCCUUUAUUUGCAUGGUAUCAGCAGCCACCGUUUAUGUACGCAUACAGAACAAACACAGGUCAACAUGCCAGUGCUUCUCUGUCUUGUACCACUCUCUGCCCGUCCACGUUGAUCCCAUCUUCACCUUAUAAUUCUCAUAAUGUAGAUCAUAUGUGGUUUUAUAAUCAGACAGUACCAGACUUAUACACUCAUGGGGUGAAACACACUGCCGACUGCAACAGCGAUCCAUGUCGGGUGGGCCGGCCUGCUGCUCCUCAAGCCCGGCCGGGAUCGUCACCGCCACGGCAACGGGACCUCGGCGCAGAUUCGGAUACUGACGACAAUGACUACCUCCCACACGUACCACGUACCCAGGCACCACACUCAAGAGCUUGGGUGAGAACAACUAUCACGGUGACCUUCUCCUCUCAGGCUCGGGUUUCAGGACUCUUCCUCCUCCUCGGCUGCCCAGGUGUCCUUUAGAAAACCCACCCGAAGCAUAACUAGUCAUCCGCCGUCCUGCACCGGGCCCAUCGCCGUCCCUCGCUGCACACACCAGCCCAGCACAGCCCAGCAAUCACGAUGGCGGAAAAGGAGACCCCAAACCCCAUGGAGGGACUGCCAGAUCCCCCCGCCGUCUCCGUCAAGACCCUCGCCGUCACCGGCAUCAUGGUCGACGUCUACGGCCUCGACGAGCUGCCCUCCGGCCUCACCCAUGUCUCAGUCCUCUGGUUGCACAACCCCCGUCUGGGCACCAAGGCAAGGAUGGCACCCAUGGCCCACCGUGCCGUCGGCGAGUACAACGCAACCAAGCAGCCCUCAAGCACACGGGGCCUCAUUGCUGCUGCUUUUGACCAGCGCAACCACGGCACCCGCGAGGUUCACCCCCUCGCCAACCAAUCCUGGAAAAAGGAUAACCCCUACCACGCCCAGGACAUGGUGGGCAUCAUCUCAGGCACCGUCGUCGACACCAGCCUGCUCAUAGACGCCCUGCCCGCCUACCUCUUCCUCGAGUCGUGCCCCUCCCCUCCCGUCUUCGACCAGCACGUCUGCCUCGGCGUCUCGCUCGGCGGCCACUCCACCUGGCAGGCCCUCUUCGCCGAGCCCCGCAUCACCGCCGGAGUCAGCAUCAUCGGCUGCCCGGAUUUCCAGCUGCUGAUGAAGGACCGCGCCCGCCUCUCCAAGCUGCCCACCUACGACAGGUCCGCCGCCGGCGCCGGCUUCCUCGGCAGUCGCGACUUCCCGCCCGGCCUCGUCGCCCAGUGCGCCCGCUUCGACCCCAAGGGCAUCCUGUUCGGCGCUGGCGAGGUGGCCGAGGCGCCCGACGCGGCCGAGCAGGCCCGCCUCAGGCCCAUCCUGGACGCCCGCGUCAGGGGCAAGAAGCUGCUCAUGUGCACUGGCGGGGACGACAAGCUCGUGCCCUGGCGGUGCUCCGAGCCUUUCACCAGGUUUUUCACCGGCGCCGCUGACGGCUGGUACAAGGACUCCGGCCUGGUUGCCGACAACAGGGUGUACGCCGGCGUGGGCCACGAGUGCAGUCCUGGGAUGGUGGUUGACGCUGUGCGCUUUGUAUGUGACGUGGUAAAGAGUGCGCGUACUGAAGGCCCAGCUGUUUCGAGGAUCUGAGAGGUCUGGAAUUUCUGGCGGGCACGGUGGGGGGGGGGCAUUGGGUUCACUCACAGUGUAUCUAUUGUUUCCACAUUGUCUGGAUAGCACCGUGCAUCCUUCAAGUCAGUCAGUCAGUCAGUCUUCAGCCUAGCAUAAACAGAUCAGAUCUUAGUUGGCAUUGAAACGCC